UGGAACAUUGUCGGUAGUGAAAGCAAAGCUACAGCAGCGUUUAGCUUGCUAGCUAUGCGCUGUUUGGAGGAUGUAAGGGUGUCAACAUUUUAAAUGGAGCAAGCUAUGUUGUUAGCAAUACCAGAUUAAAAUACUUUAAUACGUGCGUGGGCUGAAGGACAUGAUGUUUCAUAUUUUUAAGAGCUAGCUAGUAGUUUAAAGACUGUUGAGGAGAGAACAUGGACAAGAUCCUGGAGGCUGUGAUGAUGUCACCUCAUUCCAAGGUAGUGAAGCAGGGGAUGGUGAGGCGGGUGGUCGAGUCGGCCCCGCAGCCCCUGGACAGUUCCCAGUGCAAGGCCAUGUUCCACGUGUCCACCAAGCUCUUCCUGCUCGGGGAGUCCCAGUUCAAGCGGGACGCCGGCCGGGAGGUCCUGGAGGCCUUUGCCCGGCACCACCAACUGGAGUUCGAGGAGUUCUUCAACGUGAGGUUUGUCCUGAACCUCCUGCGAGACGGCUACCCCCCGCUGGGCAAGAGGAGCCCGCAGAUCUUCCACUACCUCCAGGUGGGGCUGCGCUUUGUGUCGGAUGCCCCGUCAGCGCCAGACCUCUUCCACCUCCUUCAGAUUGAGGUGCUGCGCAUCGUGUGCGAGAGGCCUGGGCCGGAGCUCUGUGAGCAGCUCGCCCGCCUGCUGGCCCGCUGUCCCCAGUGCGUCCCCAGCGGCAACCUGCAGACCGUCUUCUGCCAGCAGCUGAUCCAGACCAUACGCCUCUUCCAGUGCCAGAGCCAGCAGGACGAUGACAUUGUCACCUUCCUGGAGCGCGUCACCAAGACCAGCGGCAUGCUGCAGACUGUCUGGAGGGCCAACGUAGCCACCAUCCUGCCCUCCCUCAAGGAGCUCUUCAUUGUCAUCUCCACUCCUGGAGAAGGGGGCAGUGUACCUUCCAAUGCCCUGGCCAGCGUGGUGCAAUAUGUGCCCUUGGAGCUGAUGGAAGGAGCAGUGCGCAACCUCACCAACGACAAGAACAUCUCUGACGCACAGAUGCUGACAGCGAUCUGCAGAAUGAUAGACUGGCUGUCGUGGCCGUUCACCAAGAACACAGACAAGUGGGUGAUAGCCUUGAUGAAGGGCGUGGCUGUGGUGAAGAAGUGUGUGAUCCUAAUCGAAGUGACGCUGGCUAAGAUUGAGGAGGUUUUUGCAAAGCUGUUCUACCCAAUCGUGCGGGAGGGGGCGCUCUCUGUGCUGUCCUAUUUGCUGCUCAGCUUCCAGCAGUCUCCCGAAGCGUUCCACCUGCUCCUCCCCCAGAUCCCCCCUCUGGUCUCCUGCCUGACGGCCGAGGAGUCAGACUCCGCCCGCCACUGUCUGCACCAGCUGGUGGAGCUCAUCCACUGCCUCCUGAUGCGCUUCACGGGCUUCCCAGACCUCUACCAGCCCGUCCUGGAGGUCAUCAAGGACUUGCCGGUCCCGAGCGAGGAGCGGAUGAAGCAGGUGCUGAGCCAGGGGACGUGGACUCCUCAGAGGGCGGACCAGGUGACCAUGUGCCACAGGCUCACCCCGAAGUCGGAGACCGGGAAGACCGGACUGGUCAACUUGGGAAAUACCUGCUACAUGAACAGCGUCAUCCAAGCCCUCUUCAUGGCUUCAGACUUUAGGCAUGCAGUGAUGGCUUUGAAAAACUGUGACCUUCUCCCACUCAUGGGCAAACUGCAGAGGCUGUUUGCAUUUCUGCAGCACAGUCAGCGGCCAGCCAUUUCUCCGGACAGCUUCUUGGCAGCAUCCACCCCUUCUUGGUUCAACCCUGGCAGUCAGCAGGACUGCUCCGAGUACCUCAAAUAUCUGCUUGACAGACUCCACGAGGAGGAGAAGAAGAGCGGGCAGAAAUCACGGGGCCCAUCAGAGGGCCAGGACAACGGCACCCUGAUCAAGAGGAUGUUCGGUGGAAAGAUGGUGACGCGGAUCCGCUGCCUGCGUUGUCAGAACAUCUCCCAGAGGGAGGAGGACUUCACCGACCUGUCGCUGGCCCUCCCUCCGCCCAACCACCGCCAGGACGGGAGCUUCAUCCUCAGCCCCUCCCCCGCUGUCGUGGAGGGAGUGAGGCUGUCCCUUCCCAUGCCUGUCCGGCGCCAGGGCCGAAGUCCCUCCCCCCCAAGGCGACAGGAGCGUGACGUGAGAGUCAUUCCCGUGGAGACGGUGGGCUCCGUCGACAGAGCAGACUCGCACGGCGCCAACGAGGCACCCAGCGACGAGGCACCCGCCGCCUGGGGGGAGCAGGCCCGGAGCCCAGACGUGUCCCUCUCUGUCCCCGACCUGAUCAACUUCUUCCUGACCCCGGAAAUGUUGACUGGUGACAAUAAGUACCACUGCCAGAAGUGCUCCUCCCUCCAGAACGCCGAGAAGGUGGUGGAGGUGACCCGGGCACCCCACUACCUCGUUUUGACCAUACUGAGGUUCUCCUUCAACCUGGCCACCAUGAGGAGGAGGAAGAUCCUGGACAACGUGUCCAUCCCGCUCGUCCUGAAGAUCCCCGUCCGCCUGCCCCAGCGGCGACCCGAGUUUGUGGGGGCGGGGGAGGCAGUGGGCGAGGCCGAGGGCAGCGCUUACGUCUCUGUGACCUACGACCUGGCCAGCGUGGUGGUGCACUCGGGGCUUUCUUCUGAGAGCGGCCACUACUAUUGCUACGCCCGGGAGGGCGAGACCCCCACCGGGGACGACCCCGCCCGCACGCCCACUGCUGGCAGCCAGUGGUUCCUGUUCAACGACACGCGGGUGUCCUACUCCAGCUUCGAGGCGGUAAGCAACGUGACGGGCCACUUCCCCAAGGACACAGCGUACGUGAUGCUGUACCAGCUGCGACCCACACAGCGAGCGGAGGUGGAUGGACGGGGUGUGCCAGCCGCCGAGGCUCUGCGUGGCGAAGAGCCUCUCGACAAGGAGCUCAUUGAGGCCAUCACUAAAGAUAACAAGCUGCACUUACAGGAACAGGAGAGGGGCGUGAGACACAGGGCAGCCCUCUCGCCCUCUGCUGCUGAACCCCCGGUGUGGCUGAAAGACCCCCGAGGCAGAGAACAGAGGCCGUACCUCACACCGGGGCCAAGUAUAGAGCGGGGGGUGGAGGGUGGCGUGCCAGCCUCUUGAACCCCCUCUCCCCACCCUUGGCGGAAGGAACCGGGACAGAGGACACCACAGGG